GCUGUUUUUGAGUUAUGCUAUUUUUGUGGCUGCUUGGAUAACAAUUGUUCCAUUGUUUAUAGCGGAAGGAAUAUUGAGAAGUUAUGAAGCGGCAUCUUCAAUUGAGCAUUAAACAACUGUCGAGCUGCUACGCGGAUGGUAGUAUUUCGCCACGUUUGGUUGUGGACCACUCGCUCGACGAUGCUGUGAAACUGAAGCACUUGAAUGCUUUUAUACGAUUAUCACCGGAAAAGGCCUUACAUGAAGCUAAAGAGUCUAGUUAUCGUUACGAGAACAAGGAGCAUCAAGGGGUACUUGAUGGAGUUCCGAUCGCGAUCAAAGAUAACUUUUGCACGAAAGACCUAACUACGACUUGUGCGUCAAAAAUGUUGGAGAAUUUCAUACCACCUUUCAACGCCACUGUCUGUGAACGGUUGUCGUCUGCUGGAGCGAUUCUAAUUGGUAAAACAAACAUGGAUCAAUUCGCUAUGGGAUCUGGAACAGUGGAUUCAAUUUUCGGGCCUACAAGAAAUGUAUGGAGUCGAGAUUUAAGCGAUCAAAAAUGGCAUAUAUCUGGUGGAAGCUCCGGUGGAUCUGCGACGGCCGUAGCUGCGGGUAUUUGUUAUGCGUCUAUCGGGUCAGAUACUGGGGGUUCUACUCGUAAUCCCGCAGCAUAUUGUGGCGUUGUUGGCUUAAAGCCCACAUAUGGUCUGGUGUCACGUUAUGGUCUCAUACCUUUAGUGAAUUCCAUGGACGUACCCGGCAUUUUUACGCGGAGUGUUGGUGAUUGCUUGGAUAUACUGAAUGCAAUCGCUGGGCCAGAUGCUAAAGAUUCCACUACAUUGAGAAACCCCUUCCGAAAAAUAGAAAUACCAUGUUUUGAAGAUAUAGAUCUUCGAAAUGUUCGAAUUGGUAUACCUAAAGAGUACCAUUGCGAGGGACUUUCCGGUGAAGUUUUGGAAACGUGGAUGAAGGUCGCUGACUUAUUAGAAGAUGGUGGAGCUCAAGUGCAGCAAGUUUCACUACCGAACACGGCGGCAAGUAUUUUCGUAUACUCGAUAUUGAAUCAGUGUGAAGUAGCUAGCAAUAUGGCGCGAUACGAUGGCAUAGAAUAUGGACAUCGUGCCGACAAUGAAAGCAGCACAGAAGAGUUAUAUGCAAAGACAAGAGCUGAGGGAUUUAACACAGUGGUAAAAACACGUAUACUAACUGGGAACUACUUUUUGUUGCGUAAAAACUAUCAGAAAUAUUUUGAAAAAGCUCUGCGUGUUCGAAGACUAAUAUCCGAAGAUUUCAAACAUGUAUUUGAAAGGCCUAAAGACGGUGAAAAUGUAGUGGACGUACUACUCACACCCACCACCUUAACAGAUGCGCCGUUGUAUAGCGAUUUUGUAUCCCUCAGUAAUCGCGAUCAGUGUGCUGUCCAAGAUUUCUGCACGCAACCCGCUAAUAUGGCAGGCAUACCAGCUAUCUCAAUACCCAUACGACUCUCCAAAACCGGUCUACCGAUCGGGUUACAAUUAAUGAGUCGCUCUCUAAACGAGGAAAUGCUGUUACGGGUGGCUAGCUGGAUAGAGGCACAAGUAGAAUUCGACUGUCUGGCUAAUGAACAAAUUUAUGCAGCUCGCAGCUAGGAUUAUUGCUAAUAACCAGCACUGUAAUGUUUUAUUAUUCAAUUCUAGGGUACAAUUCUUGAUUUAUUUAUAAAAGAUGCAGCUCAUUGGAAAAUAUAGUUACAUAUUUUUCAUUAAUUCUCAAAGACCCUAAACAAGAUUUUUGUUUGAAACUGCGUUUUUCGAAGAUUUUGU